CCAGAUUCCAGAUGCGGAUAACCCAACGCCUACUCUCCCGUGAAUGUAUCCCAUUAAAUAAUUUAAAUAAUUCCAAUAAAAUGGUUAUUAAUAAAUUAAUAAAAUUCCUAUUUUCCAUUAUUGAACAUAUAUAUACCUUCUGGUUUCUGAGUGGUUUUUUCUAAGAUGUUUUUGCUCCAUUUCAAUGGCUACACUAAGAUUGAAGCCAAGUCUUCACCAUCACACUAAAUGGAACCCGAGAUCGAACCAGAAGCUGAGAAAUUACAGUAACUGGAACCCCAGAUUGAACCACAAGCUGAGAAAUUCUACGUUUUCAGGCUUGAAUUGCAUUUACAAGCGUUUUGACAUCAGGAGUUUCAGUAAAAUCAAGCCGGGAGUUGUGGUUCGUGCUUCUUCAACGAAUACUUCAGUUGAAGAAGCUGUAGCUUCUGAUGUCUUGUUUACUGAGACAUUUCAGCUGAAGCGAAGUGAAAAGGUAGAGGGGAAAAUAUCAGUGAGGGUAGAUCACCAGAAAGAUGAUGACAAAUCUCAGGUUGCUAUUGGAUGCAAUCUUCCAGGAAAGUGGGUUCUGCAUUGGGGUGUAACGUAUUACGAUGAUGUUAGUAGUGAGUGGGAUCAGCCUCCUCCUGAUAUGAGACCUCCAGAUUCUAUUGCCAUCAAGGAUUAUGCAAUAGAAACACCCUUGAAGAAAUCCCCAUUGGCUGUGGAAGGAAAUUCACUCUAUGAAGUGCAGAUAGAUAUUAAAGUGAACCACUCAGUUGGAGCCUUACAUUUUGUUUUGAAGGAUGAAGAAACAGGGGCCUGGUAUCAACACAGAGGAAGAGACUUCAGGGUUUGUCUUUUGGAAGAUCUUCAAGAUGAAAAUGACAAGGUUGGUGACAAAAAGAGUUUCAGUUUAUGGCCAGGGGAUUUUGUUAAGAUGCCUGAAGUGCUACUUACUGCAAUAAAACGUGAAGCUAAUGGCCAAGAGCCCAAUGGUGAUGGCAAAGAUGCUAGGAAGAAGGCUAAACUCAUUGAAGAGUUCUAUGAUGAAUAUAUAUUUAUGAAGGAAAAAAUGGUUGGAAAUUAUCUCACUGUGUCAGUUCAGGAAAACGAGGAAAAGAACAAGGCUCUUGUGUUGUUUGACACUGAUCUUCCUGGCAAUGUAAUUAUUCAUUGGGGAGUUUGCAGAGAUAAUGGCAAAAAAUGGGAAAUCCCACAGGCUUCACAUCCCCCUAGUACUAAUUUGUUCAGGAAAAAGGCCCUGCAAACUUCUUUACAGUUCAAGGAAAAUGGUGGUGGAAGCUGGGGUUUAUUCACUCUAGACAAGGAACUUGCAGGGUUGCUCUUUGUGCUCAAGCUCGAUGGAUACACUUGGCUAAACAAUAAUGGUAGUGAUUUUUAUAUUCCUCUUUCUGCGGAAAUUGGAACUAGUAGUGUGAGGCCUACCGAAAAGAUUAAUGCGCCUGAAGGACACAAAGAAGAGGAUAUCUCAAAUGAUGUCAAAAAUGACACUUGGACUAUUGAAGAAUCAGGAUCAUCCCAACUGGAGAAAUCUCAAAGUGGUGCAAAUUCGCCAGUUAGUCGUGUUUCAUAUACAGAUGAGAUUAUCAAUGAAAUAAGGAGCUUGGUUAGUGAUAUUUCAUCUGAAAGGAGUGCAAAUAUGAAAAGCAAAGAUGCUCGUGAAAGUAUUCUUCAAGAAAUAGAGAAACUGGCAGCCGAAGCCUAUAGCAUCUUCAGAAGCUCUAUUCCUACAUUUCUUAAGGAAUUAGUUUCGGAACCAGAAAUAGAGAAGCCCCAACCCAAAAUAUGUUCAGGGACAGGAACAGGAUAUGAAGUACUAUGUCAAGGGUUUAACUGGGAAUCUCAUAAAUCAGGAAGAUGGUAUUCUGAACUUUAUGAAAAAGCCGCUGAUAUAGUUUCUUUGGGAUUCACUGUAAUAUGGCUGCCUCCACCUACAGAAUCAGUAUCGCCUGAAGGUUACAUGCCAAAAGACUUGUAUAACUUAAAUUCAAGAUAUGGAACUAUAGAAGAGCUCAAAACACUUGUGCGGAGGUUUCAUGAAGUUGGGAUUAAAGUUCUUGGUGAUGCUGUGUUAAAUCAUCGCUGCGCACAUUACAAGAAUCAAAAUGGGGUGUGGAAUAUCUUUGGAGGCCGAUUAAAUUGGGAUGACCGUGCUAUUGUUGCUGAUGAUCCUCAUUUCCAGGGUAGGGGCAACAAGAGUAGUGGUGACAAUUUCCAUGCCGCACCAAACAUUGAUCACUCUCAGGACUUUGUGAGGAAUGACCUGAAAGAAUGGCUCAACUGGCUAAGGAAUGAAAUUGGGUACGACGGUUGGAGGUUAGACUUUGUCAGGGGAUUUUGGGGAGGUUAUGUCAAGGACUAUUUAGAUGCCACUGAGCCCUACUUUGCUGUAGGGGAGUACUGGGACUCGCUCAGCUAUACAUAUGGUGAAAUGGAUCACAAUCAAGAUGCACAUAGACAGCGCAUUAUUGAUUGGAUAAAUGCUACAAAUGGCACAGCAGGAGCAUUCGAUGUCACCACAAAGGGCAUCCUCCAUUCUGCUCUUGGAAAGUGUGAAUACUGGCGUUUAUCAGACCAAAAGGGCAAACCACCAGGAGUUGUUGGGUGGUGGCCCUCACGGGCUGUCACUUUCAUUGAGAAUCAUGAUACAGGGUCCACUCAGGGCCAUUGGAGGUUCCCUUCUGGAAAGGAAAUGCAAGGCUAUGCGUAUAUUCUCACACAUCCAGGGACCCCAGCAGUUUUCUAUGAUCACAUUUUCUCUCACUACAGAGAUGAGAUUUCAGCUCUUAUCGGAUUACGACACCGCAAGAAAAUCAAUUGUAGGAGUACGGUCGAAAUAAGAAAGGCGGAAAGGGAUGUGUAUGCAGCAACUAUUGAUGAUAGAGUAACGGUAAAGAUUGGCCCAGGGCAUUAUGAGCCUCCAUCUGGUUCUCAAAAUUGGAGUCUGAUUGCACAAGGCCAGGAUUAUAAGGUAUGGGAGGUGCUCUAAACUGCAUGUUCAUAAUUAGCCAUUGUACACUAAAUAAACUUGCAUUGUAAUUUGGGUCUCUAAAUGAUCACUUGGUCCAUAAUUUAGAGACCAAGCGCAUUCAUUUUCCACAAUAUUAUUUAUGUAAGAUAUGAGAGAAACAUAUGUUGUAAAAGUUGAUCUUAUCAUUGCUAUAAAAAUAUAUUUAUAUAGACA